AGUUCCGGGCCGCCACGGAUGGAUUUUAAACGUGUUUAUGGAUAUUUCCCAAGAUGAUUUGUUCCUAGUGAGUUCACGUGAGCGAAAUACUAAAAAGUCAUUAGAUAGUAUCAAUCUUUUCUGAUUUCAAACUUAAAAUCAUUUAAUUCCGGUGACAUAAAUUGCAAAUAAUGUAACACGUGGCUCUCACAUGCGUUGUUGCGUUGUUGAUAUAUCUGUCAAAGAAAAUGGCGAGUCCCGAAGAAAGUUAGAUCUACACAAUGCUGAAUUCGGUUUUCCAACUUUCAAAUUCUUCGCUAAAAACGAUGUCAGCACAAAAUGCCAAACCGCCGGAUAAUCGAAGGGCCAAGCAAGGCGAUUUUACUCUUCUACAAGGAUUAGAGGAAUAUCCUGGCGACACGCUCGAAUGUUUUUCAGUUUUUGUGAGCGAAGACAGCUCUAGCAAUGCGGAGGUUCAACAACUUGUACUUGAUGAUCAAAUGUUGGGAACGUCAUUGACGGCAGUCACAUUACCUGAUGGAACCCAGGCAUUUGUCGCAGGAAAUAUCCAAGGAAAUGGACAUGAAAUGAAGAAUCCAGUGGACGAUGAACCGAGGGAAGCAUUAAUUUUAAAGGAAGGCGAACUGAUAGAAUUGCAAUUGGAUCCCAUGAGCUUUCUUCAAACGCAGGAAGCAGAUAAUGCGGAAAACACUUAUCCUCAGGUUCAAGUUGUCAAUGGCACAGCAUACGUGCUGACUAAUCAGUUAGAUCAGGAAGAAUGCGUUUGGCAACUAGAAGACGGAAAGAUGAUAAAGAAGGAGAAUUUUGUGAUAAAUAAUAAACUCAUAGAGCCUAAAAUCAAAAGUCAGCAUCCUUGUCCCAGAGAAGGAUGCGCGAAGGUUUAUAGUACGCCUCACCACUUAAAGGUUCACGAACGUUCGCACACAGGACAAAAGCCUUACUUGUGUUCUUAUCCGCAAUGUUUGAAAAAUUUUUCGACCGGUUACAGUUUAAAGGCACAUUUAAGAACACACACCGGCGAAAAACCUUACGUCUGUACAUUCGCAUCUUGUAAUAAAAAGUUCAAAACUUCUGGGGAUUUACUCAAGCAUGGAAGAACUCACACGGGCGAGCGUCCUUUUAUUUGUCCAGUGGACGGUUGCGGACGAUCUUUCACUACCAGCAAUAUUCGGAAGGUUCACUUAAGAACGCAUACUGGUGAACGGCCUUACAAAUGCACGGAACCAGAAUGCGACAAAGCUUUUGCUAGUGCAACAAAUUAUAAAAACCACUUGCGGAUUCAUUCCGGCGAGAAACCUUACGUUUGUUCGAUGGAAAAUUGUGGAAGACGCUUCACGGAGUAUUCUAGUCUUUACAAACAUCAUCUAGUUCAUACACAACACAGGCCUUUUGAAUGCAAAAUUUGCUUUAGAAGAUACCGUCAGAGCAACACUUUAGUCUUGCACAAAAGGACAGCUCACUCGUUAAUAGAAAGCGAAGAUGGCAUGGAUAUUUAUUUAGAUACUACCUCAGAAUUAAACGCUUCCAAUCAGAAAAAUAGAAAGAAUUCUAAAAAACAAAGUACAUUUCUCUUGAGUAAAGAUGGUGGACUUCACUUUUCCGAUGACUCUGACAAUGAAACGCAGAUUCUUCUCGUUGGCGAUCCUACCCAAGUUGCUGCUUUGCAGCAAUUGGGAAUGGAGGAAAGCUUUGGUGAUUCUGCAAUCGACACUUCCUUGGAUUCUUCGUUGAAUUCUUCCUUGAAUAUAAAAAUCGACGAGAUAGGGUUUGGAUGGAAUUAGGAUUUGUUAAAGAAAUUCGUAGGUACGAGAGUUGCGAACGAAAUUGUGAAUCAUGCUAGCAAUAUAAGGGAAAAAGGCUGUAUUAAUUUUUAUCGAAGGACUGAGAGGUGGUAACUAUGAUUUGAGUAGCUUUUAAAUAGCUUUUAAUAAGACGUCAAUCUAUAUUAUGUACGAAACCGGAUCCAGAUGUCUUUUUAAUUAAUUUAAUACGUCUAGUUUUAUAUAUACGUAAUUAUAGAAUAUUUGGAAAUAAAUAUCGACAGAAUUGAUAUUUAAUAUCGAAGAAUUGUCCUUUAUCAUCCUCGAAAUAAUUACUUUUAAUAAAUAAAAUAUAUCGGGUUUCAAGGAAAGGAAAUUUUUCAUUUAAUUCAAAAGAAUUGUCGAUAUCAUCACCUGUUGUGGUUGUUGCUAGUACAGAGUCGCUAAAUUUGUUAAUAAAGAACAUAAAAGAUA